CCCCAAACUUUGUUUAUAUAGGAUUAGCUCAGAACGCAGAAAAGAGAAGUCAAGAGAUGCAGCCCGGUGCCGAAGGAGCAAGGAAUCAGAAGUAUUCUAUGAGCUUGCUCAUCAGCUGCCCCUGCCCCACACCGUGAGCGCACACCUGGACAAGGCGUCCAUUAUGAGACUGACCAUCAGCUACUUGCGCAUGAGAAAGCUGCUAGAUGCUGGUGAGCUGGAGACAGAGGCCAAAAUGGAGAAGGAACUGAACUGUUUCUACUUGAAAGCUCUUGAUGGAUUUGUCAUGGUUCUAUCCGAGGAUGGGGACAUGAUUUACAUGUCUGAAAACGUGAACAAGUGUAUGGGACUCACUCAGUUUGAGUUGACGGGGCAUAGUGUAUUUGAUUUCACUCAUCCAUGUGAUCAUGAAGAGCUGAGAGAAAUGCUUACACACAGAAAUGGUCCUGUGAAAAAGGGCAAAGAGCAAAACACGGAGCGCAGCUUUUUUCUCAGAAUGAAGUGUACACUGACUAGCAGGGGAAGAACAGUGAAUAUAAAGUCUGCUACAUGGAAGGUACUCCACUGCACUGGACACAUUCGUGUAUAUGACACGUGUGGUAAUCAAACUCACUGUGGCUACAAAAAGCCUCCCAUGACGUGUCUGGUGUUGAUCUGUGAACCUAUUCCUCAUCCAUCAAACAUUGAGGUCCCUUUGGACAGUAAAACGUUCCUCAGUCGUCACAGUCUUGAUAUGAAAUUUUCCUAUUGCGAUGAAAGAAUUACAGAGUUGAUGGGGUAUGAGCCAGAGGAACUCCUGGGUCGCUCAAUCUAUGAGUACUAUCAUGCGCUGGAUUCUGAUCAUCUGACCAAAACACACCACGACAUGUUCACAAAAGGGCAGGUGACAACAGGACAGUACAGAAUGCUUGCUAAACAAGGUGGCUAUGUCUGGGUUGAAACUCAAGCAACUGUUAUAUACAACACUAAGAAUUCUCAGCCACAGUGCAUAGUGUGUGUAAACUAUGUGUUGAGUGGAAUUGUUCAGAAGGACUUGAUUUUUUCCCUUGGACAAACUGAGUGUAUGCUGAAACCAGUGGAGUCUCCUGAUAUGAAAAUGACCAAAAUAUUUAGUAAAGAUGACCUGGAUGAUACCAACAACCUAUUUGAAAAACUUAAACAGGAACCAGAUGCUUUAACUGUGCUGGCCCCAGCUGCUGGAGACACCAUUAUCUCUCUAGAUUUCAGCAGUAAUGAGUCUGAUGAACAUCAAUGUGAUGAAGUUCCUUUGUAUAAUGAUGUAAUGCUCCCCUCAUCCAGUGAGAAAUUGCAGAAUAUAAAUAUGGCAAUGUCCCCAUUACCUGCCUCUGAAACUACGAAGCCACUUCGUAGCAAUGCUGAUCCUGCACUCAAUAGAGAAGUUGUAUCAAAGCUGGAGCCAAACACAGAGCCACUCGAACUUUCUUUUACCAUGCCUCAGGUGCAAGAGCAACCGACCAGCCCUUCUGAUGCAAGUACCAGCCAAAGUUCGCCUGAGCCCAGUAGUCCCAAUGACUACUGCUUUGAUGUGGAUAAUGAUAUGGCUAAUGAAUUCAAACUGGAAUUAGUGGAGAAACUCUUUGCAAUAGAUACAGAAGCAAAAAAUCCAUUCUCUACUCAGGAAACUGAUUUAGAUUUGGAGAUGUUGGCUCCUUACAUCCCAAUGGAUGAUGACUUCCAGUUGCGAUCCUUUGAUCAGCUCUCUCCACUGGAAAGCAGUUCUUCUGGCUCUCAAAAUGCAGCCACCAUUACCAUAUUUCAGCAGACUCAGACACCAUCAAGUACUGCUGAUGAAAUAAAACCAGUGACGGAACAUGUGGAUGAUGUGAAGACACUAAUUGUUCCUUCAUCUCCUGUCCACAUAAUGAAUGAAACGAGUAGUGCCCCAGCAUCACCUUAUGGAGGGAACAGGAGUCGAACUGCGUCUCCAAUCAGAGCAGGAAAAGGAACGUUGGAUCAGACGGAAAAAUCUUGUCCAGGAGCACCCAGUUUGCUAACAGUCACUCUGAAUAAAAGAUCUACUGCAAUGGAUGAAGAACUAAAUCCAAAGAUGCUAGCUUUGCAUAAUGCUCAGAGAAAACGAAAAAUGGAACAUGAUGGUUCACUUUUUCAGGCAGUUGGAAUUGGGUCUUUAUUCCAGCAGACAGGUGACCGUGGAGGAAAUGCAUCACUUGCUUGGAAACGUGUAAAGGGAUGCAAAACAAAUGGUCAUAAUGGAGUGGAGCAAAAGACAAUCAUUCUACUAUCAACUGACAUAGCAAGUAAACUUCUAGGGCAGUCGAUGGAUGAAAGCGGACUACCCCAACUCACGAGUUACGAUUGCGAAGUAAAUGCUCCCAUACAAGGCAACAGAAACCUGCUACAGGGGGAAGAAUUGCUCAGAGCUCUGGAUCAAGUUAACUGAGCUUUCACAAUACUUGUUCCUUUUUUGGACACUGGUGAAUCAUCACCUAAAGCAGUCUAUUUAUAUUUUCUAUAUCUGAUUUUAGAAGCCUGGCUACAGUACUGCACUAAUUCAGUUAGUUCAGUUUUGAUCCCCUUUCUACUUAUUUUGACAGUCUUUUUAAUAUGUUCUUUAUGUAACAAUAACUCAAACUACAGUGCAUUUUUAUAAUUCUUUGGUACAUACACUUUUAAGUCCAUUACAUUUAAAACACACUUGCAAUAGCAGCUUUGAAAUAUGCACCUAAUUUUAAAAAAAUAUUUAUUUUUUGGCUGGGGAGUUGGUCACCAAAACUUAUCAUGAGUAAAAUGUCAACACAGGAAAAACUGGCAAUACUUCCAUCCUGCUUUUCAUAGGUAGCUGGAAGACUUGUGCUCUCUUGCUCUUUAUGUUCAAAUAAGUUUUUUAUUUUAAUAGUUUUUAUAAGAAACAACAAUGCUUUGCAGCAGUGCAUUGUAGCCACAAUCGCACAAUAUAUUUUCUUAAAAAAUACCAGCAGUUCCUCAUGCAAUAUAUUCUGCAUUUAUAAAAACUAGUUUUUAAGAAGAAUCUUUUGUUCGCUUAUGAAAUCAUGUUUAAACCUGGAUUAUGUCAUUAUUUUAGUCACAUUGUAAUAUAAAUUGUUCUUAAAUGCUGUCUUAUGCUUUUGACUUAAAUGAGUGUGGUUAGUCAAAGGAAAGGCUUUAUCUGGAAAGGGCUAGCAGCAUUUUAUUUGGAUACGUUCUCAAUUUAGAGAGAGAUUGAUGUUCUUAAAGUAGUCACUUUGCCAGCUUAAAAAAAAAAAUUCCCUGCCUGUAGUUGUUGAAGUUAAUGCUAAUAUUGUGUAUGAUCUUAAAUCUAAAUGUUCAGCUUACCCUGUGUGGUAUAGGUGAUAUUUCAAGCAGAUUGUAAAACAUCUUGCAUUGUUAGCAAAGUUAUCUAGUACAUCAUUGAGUUGCUCAAUAUUUUGAUGUUUUGGUUUUAUGCACCUUGUUGCUAUUAACAUCCAUAUGUUUUCAUGUAGAUUUCAGUAACUUGAAUAUAUUUAGAAGCCUUUUUAUUUAGAAAUAUAUAGUUGUCACAAACAUCUUAUUUUCCUAUAUGUACUGUACAAAACCUUCAUUCACUCAUUCUUUUGCUCUCUGUGGUUGGAUCUAACACUAACUGUAUUGUUUUCUUACAUCAAUAAACUAUAUGUGGACCAGGCCCCCUUGGGGAGUGUGUUAUCUGAGAGAAAUGAGAUAAUUUAUAUUUUUGUUAGUGGUUAUUGUUCAUCCGUGUUCCCUUUUUAACUUAGAGUUGAUUGGAAAUCACUGCUUCCUUAUUUUGAUUGUAACAUCUCCACGUUAAUUAUUUGAGCCUAUUCAGUACUGAAGUCUCCUAGACAGUGUUGUACUACCGCUCGCCAAAGAUGUUAAACUUUUAAAUCUGUUAUCACACCAGUUAGCAAACUUGAAAGUGAGGAGACAGCAUAUUUGUGUUACUUCAGAGUGGAAAGAUUCUUCCUUAUGAACAGCUUAAAGUCUUGUCUCUGGAAGCUUUAUCAAGGUAACAUUGGAAAGUAGGAAAAAGUAAAAUUCACAGGAGUGAUGAAUUCAAGAUGGAUUUUUAUCAUAAAACUGCAUGAUUUAAAAAUUAAGCUGGUGCUUGAUGAUAAAGCUUGUUCUAUAUUCUUGUGUUGUUGACUCAGUAACUUUGACUAGGUGACUUUUCUCAUUUCGCUGUCGUAAAACACAAUGCUACUGAUACAACCUUGUAAUGUGCAAAUGAGGUCAAGAUAUUUUGUGCGUUCUUCAAACUAUUUGAAAAACUUAUCUUGAUGUAGGAAAUCACAUGUGGAGUGUCACAAGAAUUAUUUUGGGUUUAUUUUGGAAACUGGUUUCAUUAGACUCUUGAGUCUUUUAAAAUCAAUAUAAUGGCACAUAAGAUUAACAUGUUUUCUAAAAUUGUUACCGUUUCACUGAUAUGAGCACUUUUCAAACUGAUAUAACUAUAUAAAACUAAAUUGAGACUAUUAGCUACCAACUGAAAAAAGUUAAGGCACUGGUGUAGCAGAAGAUGGUUGCAUAAUUCUUAAAGUUUGAGUAGAAGUUGCACAAAGAAAGAAGAAAGUGUCUAGGUGUGCUAAGCUAGAGUUGAAGCUUUGUGCAGAGAACACUUUGAAUAUAUACAGCUGGUACUGAAUAUUAAAGUUUAUUAGCGUGGCCUUUAAGUGUACAAAGUGUACAAAGCUUAUAUCUCUAGAUAAAAGCAGCAGAGCUACUGCAUGCCUGCUGUUUGAGGUCUCCUGGAUAGCAUUCUUAUCAUGGCAUUUUUUUCUCUGUCAGCAGUUAAAAGGUUUAAUAGUGAAGUUGCUGAAGGCUCAGGUAAAGCACCAGCUGUUAGGGGCACCCCUUAUGCUUAGGUCUGCAUGGAUUGACAUGAUGCUUCUGUGAGACAGUGAGGAGAGUCUCCCAGACAUGUGAAAGGUACAGGUGUGUUCUGCUGUUCUUGCUGGCCUGGUGGGUUAUCCCUUCUCAUCUCCCAAGAGACAUUUUGUACCAUGUUCUGCUACUCUCUUGACCUUAUUUUGGAGGAGCCUGACUGCUUUGGAUGUGUCAGGCCCUCUUCAGUGUACUUUGAGAGCAGUAAAUUUCCACGGAGAAAAAUCCAUGUUAAAAAGAGGAGGAAGACUUAAGUGACCCACAUGAUUUAUGGUUAUGAGCCUGCUGGAAUUAUCUCUAGUCUUUAAUGACAGCAGCUGUGGAUUUAAAUGAGCUAUGUUUCAUCUAAGAAUCUCCCCAACUUUCAUAUUUGUUAUUGUACCUAAUAACAAGGCAUAGUAUUUUGUUCCCUGUCCUGGUAAAAGUGACUGAAACAAGCAAUUAAUGGCAUGAACUGUACUAGCUGUAUUGGUUUACUCUAGGGACAAAAACAAACUAAAACCCCCCACCAAACCUCCUAGAGAUACUGAAGAAAGCAUGGAAAAGUAACAGUAGUUACUCUGGCCUUGUAAAGUCUUUGCUAAAUGCAGAUGUGGUUUGCAAAAUGUAGAAGUAUGCCUUUAGCUGCUUUUUUCUGUUUGUGUUUUACUUUUUUUUAAGACUCUUGGAAUACACAUCCUGAUUUUAAAUCUACUUUGGAGGACAACUUUAUAGAAUACAUUACUUUCUAAAUGUUUCUUUAGUGAUUUUGAUUAAUUUCUUCACUGACAACUACAUUUUCAGAUGUUGAGGUAUUACCCUAGAGCAUUUAUUCUUCGCCAGUAGUAAAGAAGAAACUGUAGGUAGAUACAGUGUUUCCUUCUGCAUAGGAAACAUGCUCGACUAUGUGGAAAUGAUAAACUGAGGAGAAUAACAAAGCUUCCAGAAGAUUAUUGUAACUUCAGCAGUAGUCAAGCCAUGCUUUCUUUGUGGCAUAGCACAAUUAUUUUUUACAUACGGAUUCUAAUUGAUGUUUUUAUCAACAGCAGUGAUGGUUUUGUUAAAAGGUAAAGGAAUUUUUAAACUAGUAUUUAUGAUAUGAUUUCUUUACUUGAAAGUAGUUAUAUGUAACUACAGCUGUAGCUCCCAAGAAGUCACUGAAGUCUGCUGUCCAGUAACUUGAUUUUGGGUGUAACAUACUGAGUAAAUUAAGGUAGCCUGGAGUCCAAAUUAUACCCUUCUAACAUACCUUGCUCUCAUGUACUGAGAUAAGCUUGGACUGUGUUUAUUUUUUGUCUGUUUCACCCAAAGGUUUUCAAUCUACUAAGUUUCCUGUGUGUCUGCGUACAGACAUCAAAGUAAUUAUAGAAUGAAAGAAUUGCAGAUGAAGGCCAGAAAGAACAAUUAAAACUUUGCACAUAACACUGGUAAGAAUUUAAAGACUUCAGAGCUUAUUUUUGAUUAAUUGAUCAGCUCUGCUUCCCAUGAAAUACAGCUGUAGGAUCAAAAAAGUCUGAUUACAGGUUAAAUUACCCCAUAUUUAAUAGUAAUUUUUCUUUAUUUAAAAAUCUGUUUAAUUAAACAGCUAAAGAAGGGGACCUAAAGGCAGAAAGGUGGGGUGUUUCACCCCUAUCUGUUGGCAAACUUUCUUACCCAUUACACUGCUUUCCUUUGACAAAUGGUGCUGUGGAAGCUGGGAGUUGAGUACCCUACCACUGUCAACCAGGCUGGACAAGCCCAAGGUCAGCCAUCUGCUCCCAUCCCUACUGAUUAGCUGCUGCCAAACAGAAUAUGUCUCACUCAAAUGUCACUGCACUUACGCACAUUAUUCAAACUGUGUUUGUCCAGCAUGAAAAGAAAUGUUUCAGAGGCCAGGAAUAUCUUCCAUUUCAUAGACCAUUUUCAUAGGAAUUCAUGUGAGUUGGGUAUCCAGCUUUCAAUACCAUUAGCAAUUAGACACUUGACUCCCUCAAACUCCAUUCUGGAGAACUGUGAUUUUUGAUUAAAUUCUAGAAAUGAGAUGUCAUUUUCCUUCUGCUUCCCUGUUUACCUUGAUCAAGGCUUUCCAAAUUACCAAAAGUUAAAGAGUUUGCUACUGGAUUUAUACAGUAUGGUAGAUUUUGUGAAUAAUAGCAGUAUUCAUUAAGAAGUGGUAUAUUUUAAUGGAUUUUUUUUUUGGAACCAAGUACAUCGUAUUGCAAUUGAUAUUUCUCUUGAAACAUUUUGACAUACUUGUGACUGUAUUUCUUUUUGAUUGUGUAACAGUAAAAGAUUCAAUAAAAGAGAGGGUUUGUUUCUAA